ACAGAGAACUGGAACUUUUUUCUGACAAGCCGAGACCAAAGCUGGUGCUGUUGUGGAAUCGAUCGUUGUCUUUGAUUUGAUUAGAGAUCAGGUUUUAGAGCAUAAAGCUCUUAAUUUUGCGACACUUAUCUCAUUUCGGUGUUCGGUUUCAGCUAAUUUUAAUCGAAGAUCAUCUCUCUUUGUGAAUUUCAGGUUCGUCCAAUUGUGAUAAGGAUGAUAUAAGGGUUUCUUAGGAUUUGAAUGUCUUCAAGGGAGAGGAUAGGUUCAAAUCAUCAUAGCCGAGUUAGCCAAGGUAUGUCAACUAGUGGAUCAUCAUCGUCGAGGCACCACGAUACCAUUUCUUCGACUUCGGAUCCUCGUCAUCUUCGAGACCACCAGAUUUCACUUUCUGAUAUUCUAGAAAACAAGAUUGCAGUUCAAGCUGCUGAGAUAGACCGGCUCUCUAAUGACAACCGAAAACUAGCUUCAAGCUACGUAGCUCUCAAGGAAGACUUAACCGUGGCUGACCGCGAAGUCCAGGGGCUAAGAGCUCACAUCAGAAAGACGGAAACAGACCACGAGAUUCAGAUCCGAUCGACUCUUGAGAAAAUAGCGAAAAUGGAGGGUAUGGUCAAGAAUCGAGAGAAUAUAAGGAGGGAAGUGCAAUCAGCUCACAUUGAGGCUCAUAGAUUGGCGAGAGAACGUGAGGAGCUUGCUUCAAAGGUGAAGUUGGGAAUGAAAGAUUUGAAGAAGGUUUGUCUUGAGGCAGAGAGUUUAGAGGCGUCGAGUCAAGAGCUUGAGCGGUUGAAAGAGGAGCAUCAGAGAUUACGGAAAGAGUUCGAGGAAGAGAAGAGUGGGAACGUAGAGAAACUUGCGCAAUUGAAAGGGAUGGAGAGGAAGAUAAUUGGAGCGGUUAAAGCGAUUGAGAAGCUGCGAAGUGAGAUCUCAACCGCAAGGAACAAAGCUGUCGAGAAUUGAAUGGUUUUUACUUUGUAGGCUGACCAAGAGGCUCCUCUAUAUAGGGAGGAUCACAAGAACCGCAAGGAUCGCAAGAGGAUCAAAGCUGUAUAUGAGUUUUCAUUUUUUCUAUAUCAACCUGUUUCUUCUGAAAAAAAGAUAGAGAGUAAUGAGUUAGAGAAGUGCUUGAAUGGUCGAUCACAACAUCUGCUGAGAAUUAAACACCAAUGUAGAAGAAACGAAGGAGAUUAUUCUACCGCCUAAACAAAGAGUCUUCAGCCAUCUUUUUUUUUUUUUUUUUUUUUUUUGGUCAACCUGUCUUCAGCCAUCUUAAUACAUUCUUUAGUGCCUCUCGUGUAAAACAAUGUCAGUUCAUCGAAAAACAAGACCGGGUUAAUCUACGAAUCUGGCU